AUGGAUGACCUGCUUGGCGAGGACUGGCAGAAGCCAGCUAAGCCUUCAACGACAACGACCACAGCUCCCUUGAACCCGACCAACUUCGCAUCUCAGUAUGCAAGCUUACGAGCGAGCCCCGCGAUCCCCCAAUCAGGCACAGCAUCACCACACAACAUCUCCCGCCCGUCAAGCACUCUCAAUGGCGCCGCCAAGCCUGCAGCAACCGGCGACCAGUUCGGCAACUUGUUAUCCUUGAAGUCGCAAAAGUCGGCCAACACCAAUAUCUCGAUCCAGGAGCGGCAGAGGCAAUUGAUUGAGGAGAAAAGGCGCCAGCAAGAGCAGCAGGGAGCGUUGUGGGAUACGUUGGGUAGUGGAAGAGGGACGCCAGAAGUGAGAGGACCCUCGCCUGCUCUGUCGAAGCCUGCGGAGCAGGAUGAGGAUGAUAUAUUGGCUGCCUUCAACAGGCGUGCGCCCGUCGAUAAAGCGAGUCACUUUCCUCCGCCUGCUUCGGGAGCUGCGAGUGGGAGGAGUACGCCAGCUGCGGCACAAGCUCCUACGCCUGUGACUGCUGGGAAUGGAGGAUUUGACGAGGACGAUGAUCCAUUUGGGUUGGGCUCGUUACCGAAGCAGGCGAAUGGUCACGCGGCGCCUGUGGCAAAAGCACAACCGAAUGACGACCAUGAUAUACUCGGUGAUCUUGCACGACCGGUCGCGGAAAAGCCACCACCCAAGCAGCCUGUGCCAAGACCUAUACCUGAACCUGAGAACGACUUCAUUCCUGGAGGUGGAGAGCUGGAAGAAGGCGAUAUGCCGAAAGAUCGCGCCCUGGCAGAGCUGGUAGAAAUGGGCUUCCCAGCAGACAAGGCGAAAAUUGCUUUGGCAGAGUCUGGCGGCGAGGUGCAAGCCGCGGUAGGCUGGCUGUUGCAGCAAGCUCACGAAGAGUCACGACAGAAAGCAAAGGGUGAAAGUGCGGAAAGGCGACGAAGCCCAGUGACAGGAAGCCGAAGCCCGCAGCGUCGACCACGAGGGGAACAAGAUGCAAUGCCAGCAUGGAUGCGAGAUGAAGCUCGAUCCAGCUCAGCAGGGCGGCGUCAUGACAGCAGGUCGCCGGCGAAUGGUGACAAGGACGCAGCGCAGGUGGCGCAAGAGUAUGGCAACAAGCUUUUUAAAGGCGCAACGUCGCUGUGGAAAGCAAGUCAGAAGCAGAUGGCCAAGACCAUGGCAGAGUUCCAGCAGGGACCGGAAUCAAGCCAGCCUAAGUGGAUGCAUGACUCUAGUGCCGAUAAUAGCAGAUCGAGCAGCCAGAGGAGACUCGAGGAACGGCCACGUCCUGUAGCAAAGCCCGAAGUUGACGUUACCGAUGAGGCUGCAAUGCUGGAUGCUCCACGCGAUCGGCCACAAAAGCCGACAAGAUCAGACCCUGGCCGUGUUACACAGCAGCCUACUCGAGAGCGUGCGCCAGCUGAGCCUCUACCUCACAGACCUGCUGCGCAACCCAGGUUUAUGCAGCAAGCACAGCCACCACUCGAUAAGAGACCAACUACGAAGCUCAGCAGGCAGGACGUGGAAGAUCAGACUGCUCAGGCAUACGUUAGUCCAGCGAGGAGGAAGAAAGCGGCGCCGAAGCCCGAACCUCAACCUGAACCAGAGGUAGAUCUGUUUUCUUCAGCUCCUCCUUCGCAGCCUGUACAAACAUCGAGACCUGCGCCUGCGGCAAGCAUACCGCGCCCAGCACGAGCGCCAACGCCACCAAGACCAAAGGCACCGCCCCGUACUAUACCUAGCGUUUCGCCAGCGGCGCUUUCGUCAUCUGGAGCCAAGCGGAAGGCUGGUGGCGAGGCGUUCAAGCGCGGUGAUUAUGCCACAGCUCACGAAGCAUACACAGCUGCAUUGACACCACUACCUGCUACCCACCCGGUCGCGAUCAUUCUGUACACCAACCGCGCCUUGACGGGCAUCAAGACUGGUGACGCAAAGACUGCCGUCUCAGACGCAGACCAAGCACUCGGCGUCAUCGGCCAGAGUCAAGGUAUCGGCGAGACCAUCGAUCUCGGCAGCGGCGAGGGCGUCAAAGACAUGCGUGAGUUUUACGGCAAAGCGAUCAUGCGAAAGGCAGAAGCAUUAGAGCAUCUCGAGAAAUGGAGCGACGCUGCCGCCGCUUGGAAGACUGCAGUCGCAGCUGGCGUUGGCGGAGCUGUGAGCUUGAAGGGCAGGGAUCGCUGCGAAAAGGCCGCAGCACCGAAACCAGCCACUAAACCAGCGCCUGUCCACAGCACAGCACCGGGACCAGGCCGACCGGCUCCAGCUAAGAGUAUGGGUAACAGUCUCAAUCGACCUGCACUUUCAGGCGCGCAGUCAGCUGAAGCUGUGAAGAAGCUGCGUGCAGCGAAUGCAGCGGCCGACAAGGCUGAUGAUGAGAAGUUCGCCUUGAGCGAUCAGGUCGACGCGAAACUUACAGCUUGGAAGGGGGGCAAAGCGGAUAAUCUCCGAGCGUUACUGCAGAGUCUGGAUAGUGUUCUCUGGGAGGCUGCCGGGUGGAAGAAGGUCGGGAUGAGUGAUCUGGUCAUGCCGAAUAAGGUGAAGAUUGUUUAUAUGAAGGCGAUUGCGAAGGUGCAUCCAGAUAAGAUACCACAAGAUGCUACGACUGAGCAGCGCAUGGUCAGUGCGUCUGUCUUCAGCACGCUGAAUGAAGCGUGGGAUAAGUUUAAGAAGGAUAACAAUCUAUGA